AUGUCUGCCGAACUUGUUUCGAAUGGUGUUUUGAAUCUAUUCGAAACGUUAGCAAGCAACUCAACAAUAACAAACACAACACACGAAUCUCUUGCCAGCACCUUUCCUCAAUAUUCCCAAAACGUUGGUUCGAUUGUUGUAUCAUGUGUUUUCAUCUCAUGCUAUGCCAUUGUUGUUGCCAUCAUGAGUGGUAUUCUUAUUCGAUACAGGAAGGAAAUGAAGAGAAACCAAAUUCUAGUCUUCUUCUUGGUGUUUUGGUGCAUAGGUCAACAAACUCUUGCAUUGAUUUUUCGACUUGCCUAUAAUGGGAGAGCCCUCUGGAUAAACUUGACUUAUUCAGACUAUACCAAGAUUGAAAAUUUCAAUCAAUUACUAAUUCCACUCUAUGUAUUCUCUGCCAUAGAGAGUGUUGCUGUAUAUUUGCAGGGAGCUGUAAUUAUAGUCAUUAUUUGUUUCAUUUUGAAUAUCUUUUUGGACACAGCUCGUGUUGUUAACGCCAUGACCCAAAAGGCCCACAAAUUCAUCAAAUACUUCUUCAACAUCAUAUCUACCCUAUUCGCUGUCCUAAUCUUCCUACUUGCCUUUGUCCACGUUGGAGUUGUCCUCGCCUCAAAAGUUGCCACAAAUUUCAAAGCCAAUGUCAUUGCAAUUCUCAUCGUUAUCUUUGUAAUCUUUGCAGUUACAAUCACGAUUGAAUCUAUCAUGUUUGUUUUUGUAGGAGUUCGUCUAAUUCUCUUUGUACGAAAGAAUUCUCUUGGAAUUUCACAAGCUAGCUCAAAUUUCCUUCAAAGACCAGAAGUCAAAAUUGGAGCAUUGAUUGUUGGCAUGUUGAUUAGUGCCUAUUUUCAAUUACUAGCUUCGAUUGUUGCGAUUAUUACUACGAGUUUCAAUCCAGUGUUGCAUGUAAUUGAUUAUAGUUUGCAAGCUUUGGGAAUUUUACUCUUUUCCAUAUUUGUACUAUUAGUUUACAAUCCACUAGUUUCGUAUAACAUGAUGAAUAAUAAGAAGGAUGGGAAAGUGAUAGGAAAUACUACAAGUGAAAUGAAAUCUGAAAGAUCAACAAAUAAUUCGAAACGAUCAAAAGGUCUUUCACAAAUUCCAAAUUCACCAAAAUCACCAGUGGUUGACAUUGCUCUUGCUGAUUGUGUUUCACCUUCUGCUACCACAACAACUUCUGUUGAUCAAUCUGUAGAAGAAGAUAAAUAA